AUCCAGGCUCAUUGUACAAGUUAGCUGAGCGUGUUGUCCCAGUCAGAUUAGUUUUAUGCAGUCUGUGAGCCCUACAGAAGCCAGGAAUAUGGGGCACAUUGCUGAGAGCGACUUCCCACAACAAGCUGGUCACUAUAGUGUGAUCAAUCUAAGGAUGCUGGCGGCUGCACUUGGAUUUCCGAAUGACGUCAUUGAGAGUUCUUUUCCUCCUGGUUCUCUGGAUAGAGGAGGGAUCAGCUCCCAGGGACUCCGCAGACUAUUGGACCAAGGUUGUUUAACAUCUGAUUUGCAUUUCACCUACAACAUGAAAAGUGGCUUGUAUAACGUCAAUUUGAUCAUCAAGUGCCUGGAUCUACUGGACAGUUACACUAUUAGUUUUACCGGCAUCCAAGAGGCGAGAGUGGCUUUUUCUGCAUAUGAACAUCUCGACCAGAAGGGGGUGAGGACGGAGACCAAUAUCUUGCUGAAAAUUGUCAAGAUGAGUGGCUGUGGAGUGUCCCCGCAGAAGUUAUCUCUAUACCUGAAACAGAGAAGCCCAAGCUAUGUGGAAGCUGGAAGAGUGCAACUUUAUGAAUUCCUGGAUCUGCUUGCAAUCUGUGAGCCGAGGAAGAAGUUCUUCAUCCAGGAGGGAAGGUUGGCGAGUACUGACAAGGCUAGAGGCCUAUACCAGAUGGACGAUGUGAGAAGUUCCGUGCUGACCCCUGAUGAGAAGCUGACGCGUCAUCUCAACUGGAGGUUCCAGCACGUAGACAGUUGGAUGUUGCCCCAGGCGACAACAGCAGCAGCUAAACCCUGCUCCUUCAGGAUAUGUCAGCAGACUGAAACCCUUAAUGAAACAAGGCCGCAACCUCCACGGAGCAAAAACGAGGCCUCCUUCGUUCAACCAGAAGAUUCGUGGACACUUGUCACUCCUGUUCCCCACCUGAAAUGUCGGUGCUACACACCCAAGAGGGGUGACCCCAUCCUGACUGAGCAGGAAAUCCAGAAGACACAGAAUGACAUAGAAGACCUGACGUACCAGAUGGAGACUUUGGGUGAAAGGUCUCAUUGGGAAUUCAACUGGAAGCUGGACCAUCACUUGCCUGGUUACAGACGAUGCUCUACUACAUGGAUAGCUGGGUCACAACCUUCACCGUCUAUUAAAAAGAAACGCUGUAAAGAUGAUGUUUUUACGCGUCUGUCUGCUCCAAGAAGAAGGAUGCCCUCUCCUUGCCAUGCCACUAGCUGCAACGCCUAUGAGUUGGGGAUCGCUAACAAGACCCAGCGAGAAAGACCAAAAUGUUCCACCGCCAACAUUCCCCGUAGAGCAAGAUCCACAUUGCUUCGUCAGCCGCCAAGAACAUCUUCUGCCAAUGCUUGAAUCCCUGGUGUACUUACACACCCAAUGCCUGGAAGGGGACAGAGCAGAGAACUCAGCUCACAUCAAAUCUGAACCAUGACAUCAAGAGGACUCUACUUAAGUAGUCCUAUUAAAUUCACUUCUUUCAGAUGCUGGAUUCAUUGUCUAGGGUUGCUGAGCUGGUAUAAGAUAAUUGUUUAUACAAAAUAGGACUCAUUGUCCCCACUUCGGUUUUAUUAUCUAUUAACUGUGAAAACAGACUUCUUAGUUAUGAAUUGAUAAAUCUGAUUAAAUGUUAAAAGGGGAUUAACCCUUUAGCUGCCAGGAGGUAAUUGUAAUUGCCCAUUUUUGAAGGUGUCUUCAUCUUGCACAUUUUUUGUAUAUUUUUAAUAUGCAGUACUGUACAUUUUGGCCCCAAUCCUAGGAGCCUGUCCUUUUUGCACAUACUGUAGUGCCAUGUGCUUCUAUGGUCGCAGCAUUACACCUAGUUUCAUAUGCUAAUGUGACAGUCGGUUGAACUAAAUUGCAAAUCUUUUCAUCUGAAUGUGCAAGCCUAGCCCGUCUUGUUCUGGUGUCUGCAUUAUAAGUAUCAGCCCGGGCACCAGCUCCAUGCAAAGGUGCAAGAGAUCCAUCAGGAACAGGCUUCCCUUCCCUGUACACGUGACUCAGAUGUUUUUUAAGAGGUCAGGUUCCCCAGGCAGCUUUCACCUUUAUUGUGCCGUUGGAGUACUCACUGCUACUAACCACAGCACACAGCCCCGGGAAUAAUCAGCUGCUGGAACUACCAAUAAUACUGGCAUUUCUAUACGGGUUCCCAAAAUCUUAGCAUGCCAUGUGUAAGUUAAAUAUGUAAUUUUAAAGGAUAUGAGUAAGAGGUGGCACAGCAGAAUCACUCUAUGUGUGCUUAUAUACAGUAUAAGCCAGCACAAUUCCAUGGGUUUACAGUUAAUAAGACUGAUCCUGAGAUAAGAGGGAGUCCAGCCAGAAGGUGCAAUUUUCCACCUUUGCAAAACAAUGUUGCGCUCUGGAGGUUAGUGCUGAGGAGCAGAUAUAAAACAUGUAAGGAAUGCCAGUGGUGCCCAGAGGGAGGCAGAUAGGUACUAAUUACCUAGGCUUGGGCGUGUUGGAGUGGCCAAGUCUGGGUCAGCUCCUAAGGGGUCCCCAGGCUCGAGCAUGACCACAUGCACACAGUGGAGAGAGAAUCCCAGGGCUGCACCUCUACUCUGCCUGCCACCCGGCCACGAGAGAGGAUCCUAGGGCUAUCCCCUCCACAGCCCUGCCCCAAUUCAGUCAAACAUCCCGGCCAGCGUGACCACGCAGUGAAGAGAGGACCCUAAGGCUGCCCCCUCCACUCUACCACUGGCUGGACUGGUGAUGACAGACUGCCUCCCCUUCCGUCAGUAACAGCUCAUCUGGAGCACACCAAGGAAUAAGUUAUAAGUAAGGAUAAGUAACGUACUCCUAUGUGGCCGCUAGCUCCCCCCCCCCCCCCCCUUCCUCUGUGCAGCAUGUGAUGCCACUUCACGUCACUGGGCAUACAAUAUUUUUUAUUGUUUUCCAGACGUGACCAUGACUUCCCGCAUUUGGUCACUUCCCUCAGUCCCUGGGUGCGUGGCAUCUCUUGAUAGCCCUUAGUAGGGUGGGGAGGUGGUCAACUUAGCUCAUCUCUGAAUCGCAGUGUUAGAAGUGUUAGAAUUAAGCUUUCCAGUUUUUGUGCACUACACAAAAAAGCAGCAAUAUGUUCCCGAUGUAGAAGAUGGCAAUUGCAUUUGCGACACUUCCAUUACAACGUAAGUCAUCCAGGCAAAAAAUGUAACCCUUUAGCUUUGCUUUGCCCCUACCUCUAAAUAACGCCCACACUGAACUAUGAUUGUCUUGAUCAUAUAUUGGGUGGAAUGCACAAAGCAUCGCAUUUUGCAUGCGAUGCAUCCCGCCACUCUCCACAUGCAUGAAGAAAAUCACAAAGGACAGCUCUUGCGGUAAGAGAUGUCCUUUACGAUGAUAGGACUUCCGGGUUUAGGACUCAGAGUCCUAUCUGCACAUGCCUUGAGAGAUGGUCGCGCCACAGGGGUGCUGGUAGGGAACCACCCAUUGUCAGCUAUGCAGUAAAAAGGACACAAAACUGCUUGAAAUGCACUAGUACUUCUCCUUUUUGGGCCAGAUUUAGCAUUAAGUGUUGUAGGCCUCUCCUACACCUGCAGAUAAAAGUGAACAAGACACAGAAACUCCUGUUUCCAUGAAAGCAUAAAAUAACAGCAUAGCCGAACAGAUUUUGCAAUUCACAGAUAACUAUUAUUAUCUAAUACAAACCAAAUGAAUAGUUUGUAUUUAAGAACUGUGUAGAAAAAUUAUUAUAUAUCUGAUGGAGCUGCGCUCAUCUGAGGCGGCUCCACCGUAACCGUGCACUCCCGGUGAGUAGGCGAUCUGUCUACCUAGUCAUGCCGGGAGUGCACAGAGACACUCCCAUUCUAAGCAUCUCUGUCCACACCCGGCAGGAUGGAGACGCUUUCAGCAAUGGGUAUGCCCGGGCGGGCGCUCCUAGUCUCAGACGGAGCCACGACUAGCGUGGCCCCAUCUGUAACUCAUUUUAUUAAUUUAGUAGCGUUACUGAUGACUGACUGUCAUUUAUUUGAUUUUAUAAACAACAUUUCCAGACUUGGGUGUGAAUAAUAUAUUACAGAUUAACCAAAUAUUCCAAAAACUGGAAUAUUUGGACCCUGUAGUAACGUCACAAUGGGGCCAGCGUCAUUAUGUCACUGGAGUCUGCAGCCAAUCACAGACAGCUGGGGGAGUGGCUUUGCAGCCACUCCCUUGCCAUCACUACUUCCAGGACCCGUCGCCGACACGACGGACCCCCCCGCCGGUGCGCCGGAGUCCCCCGACGAUGUGGCAGACCCACCACGAACCCCCUGGACCCGUCCUGAUAACAGGUAGUCUAUUAUCCGGAAAAAUUCCAUAUCAGGAAUGCUCCUGGUCCCGAGCAUUUCAGAUAUACGAUGCCCGACCUGUAGUACUAUUUUCCCAAGUGUCUACAUUCUUUUUUUUUUGUCACAAUUGACCAUAACACACUUAGGGGGACA